AUGAGCGCAGGUGCGCCUGGUUGGCCCAGUGGUAAGCGACCAGCUGGAGAUUUCUGCUCAGGUCAUGAUCUCAGGGUUCCUGAGUUGAAGCCCCAGGCCUCCUGGCGGACAGCACGAAGCCUGCUUGGGAUUAUAGCGCUCUCUCUGCCCUCCCCCUACUGCGCUGUCUCUCUCAAAAUAAAAAUAAACUGGGAAACACACACACACUCACACAAACAGAAAGGCGUCAGGAAAGAGAUUCUGGCACUGGGCUUUUCUCCUUCAAUCAGGGUGAAUGGUCAACUCUGUAGCCAGCAUCCGUGGACAGGCCCAGAGCCAGCUCCUGUCCCCAGGGAGGUGGCUCACAGCAGCUCCCGGAAGGUGGCGCGCGUGCGCGGACCUCCGUGUGUCAGGUGGAAGGCACACUCCCACUGGUGCGAGAGGCUCGGGGAACGCCCAGGCAAAGAGCGGCAGGGUAAGGGGGCCGACCUUCCACCCAGGCCUGGGGGACACCAGACGCAGCUAGGCGGAGCAGCAGGUUGUGGGUGUCUCCGCGGACAUGGGCAGCCCCAUCUGGGCAGGAAGUUGAGACUCAGCAGCAGCUCCCCACGCAAGACAGACGUCGUUCAUGUCGGGAGCAUGGGCCGAAUCCCGCUUAGGGCAGUAGUCCGGGUUCCACUGCUCCACAGGGCAGGAAGUCCUCCAGGAGCCCUGCCACCCCGCGCGGUUGAAGCUGAGGAGGCCCCUGAAGCCGUCUUUAGCUUGUUUCCGAAAAUUAACUUUGGGCAAGGAGUCCUGCUUCCUCCAUCCAGACUUCAGAGCUUCCAGGGCUCGUGGCCCAUCAGGUCCAUCAGCUGCACCAUCUCGGAUUCUUUCUCCUGGGUCACGAAGGCCUCUAUCAGCAUCACACCUGGGAACAGGAAGGCCCAGCAGCCGUCAAAGUCAGACUGCGGGUGCCAGGACACUUCACCUCUGCGCUGGCGCUCGCAGAUCAAGCCGGUCAAUCCCAAGUCCUUGCAGCCUCAUCCCCAAAGGACCUCUGGGACUGCUGCCGUAGCCGGGACAGCAAGCACUGUGGAUCUGUUAUCCCACUGCCUCUGGCCACCAUGGUUUCUGCUCAUCAUCUGGCAGUGAACUGGGAAAAAGAAAGGU